AUGAAUCCCAUCAGAGACAACAACUUAACAAAAGAAUCUGAUGAUUAUCUUCAGAAAUCUAAUUCAUCUAAAAAUUUUUAUAAAAGUGGAAAGUCAGAUAUGGGUGCACAAGUAAGAAGGUGGCAUAUAACAGAUACAAAUAAUUUAAAACAUUUUAACAUGCAUUCCACGUGUACUUUAAAUAUAUUUAAUAAAAAUUAUUCAAAUGCAUUUAUGAUGAAUCCUAAAAAUGAUAUAUCAAAAAGUGUAACUCAGAGCCAGUCUUUUAUUUCUGAACCUAUGAUUCCAAAUGGUCAAUCAACUCUUGGAAAAAAUGUUAGUGUUACGGAAUCAUGGAGAGAAAUCAAUCAUGUUGAUAAAAUUAAACUUACUGCUUUAUUUUUUCAAGUGAAUUUAUUGACCAAUAAGAUAAUGCCGUUUGUUAAUUUAUAUGCAUUGGCCAAUCCUUUUCUGCAAAUUCCAAUUCAGAUAUCAAGUUCCACUAAGAACUAUACAAGAGGAACAUUGUAGUGAAUUUUCAAGCUCUAGUUGUAGGAUUUGAAAAUUUUAUAAAUUUUUACUACA